AUGGACGGCGCGAGUGAGCCCCCUUCGGGCGGGGCCAGCGAUGGAAACACAUUGACUCGAGGACGUAGUUGGGGAGCGAAAGGCUCGCUGAGAAAGAAUGUAGCUUUGGAUGGGAGCGCUGAUGGUGAAGGCUCCCCGCUGCUGGGCGAUGGGGCUCGGAGUGUGACUGGAAGCAGCAGAACCUCUUCAGACGAGGAUGGAAGUGUCAGAGAACUGGAAUGGGAGGGCCUCGCCGAUUUUGUUGGCCUACCUUGGUGGCAGAAACCCUCUAUCUACUGGGUCGUCCCAUCAUUCUUCGUCUUUGCGCUCGCAUUCGGUGCCAUCAUUGUCCCGAAGAUCAACCUCAUUGUGUCUCUCAUAUGCAACCGGUACUAUUUGGAACAAUCCAUCAAUAAUCCCUCUAUGGUCUUUGCACCUGGCGACGAAAACGGACCGCAAUGUCGAGACCCAUCUGUGCAAGCGUUGGGGUCGACGUUUCUACUUUAUAUGGGAGUAAUCACCGGGAUCCUAAGUGCCAUCAUGUCUCCGAAGCUAGGCGCUCUAUCUGAUCGUCAUGGCCGCCUCAAGCUCCUCGUUAUUACCAGUCUUGGGGCCCUCAUAGGCGAGGUCAUUACCAUUUUCGCAGCGAAGUACCCUGACAUAGUUCACUACAACUGGCUGCUUGUUGGGUCAGCCUUCGACGGCAUCUGUGGUUCAUUUACGGCCAGCAUGGCUUUGACCCACGCCUAUGCUGCAGAUUGCACACCACCACCAAAGCGAGCUGUUGCGUUUGGAUACUUCCAUGCUUGCCUUUUCUCUGGGAUAGCAUUAGGCCCACUGCUAGUAGCUGUCAUCAUCGACCACGGCGGUACGCUAUUGACUAUAUUCUACAUCGCUCUAGGAAUACAUGCCGCUUUCAUAUUCUUCGUCCUCCUUGUGCUUCCAGAAUCCUUGAGCAAGAAACGCCAAAUGAUAGCGCAGGAUAAACAUGCCGCAGCCGUAGCCGCGGCCGAGAAUUCCGAUCUUGGGCCAGCUGUUCGGAACUUGUCAUGGGCACUGAGACGUGCCAAUAUCCUUGAACCUUUGAAGAUACUCUGGCCCACUGGCCCUGGAACUUCCCGCCGUCUUCGUGUAAACCUUGUCUUGCUCUCAGCUGUCGAUACCAUCAUCUUCGGUGUCGCUAUGGGGUCGAUGACGGUCAUUGUUCUUUAUCUCGGCAUGCGUUUUAGCUGGGACACUGCAGAUACUUCCAAGUUUGUAUCCGCGGUGAACAUAGUUCGAGUCAGUGGGCUUAUUAUUGUCCUUCCUCUCCUGGGUUAUCUAGUCCGCACUCGACGCGCCAACAAACAGCGCCGAGAGUCAGGAUUCGCGGUCCCGGAACCACAUUCCGGCUCCGAUUUCCUGGACCUGGCCAUCAUCCGCACAGCAAUCUUCCUCGAGGUCCUUGGAUAUGGAGGCUAUGCCCUCGCUGGCGAUGGGAAACUCUUCGUGCUUGCGGGAGCUCUUGCUGCACUGGGUGGAAUUGGUAGUCCUACGCUACAGUCAGCCCUUACGAAGCACGUUCCACAUGAUAAAGUAGGACAGCUGCUGGGAGCUACAGGGUUAUUGCACGCAUUGGCGAGGAUUGUGGCUCCCAUAGUAUUUAAUACGAUAUAUUCGAAAACCGUGGGGACGCUACCGCAAGCUGUGUUUGUGGUUCUGAGUGCGUCCUUUGGCGUGGCCUUUUUGGUUAGUUGGUUUAUUCGGCCGAACGUGUACCUCGUCGAGCCUGGAACCACCGCAAACGCAGGAAGACGUGGUGCUGAUGAUGAUACCCUUGUUGAUGAAGAAAUCACUGGCAUCUAA